UAAAUAUUUGCCCUAGGUCGGCCCCGCGCUCCAGCAGCCCGGGGACGCGGGGCGGCCGCCAUGCAGCCCGUGCUGGGGGUCCUGCUCGCCCUGGCCGCGGCCCUGGGCUCAGGCCACCGCUCGCCCCUCAAUGACUUCCAGCGCCUUCGAGCCACCGAGCUGCUGGCAGCGCCCGCGGCCCCCUUGCUGCUGCUGCCGGAGCCGGGCUCUGCCGAGCAAUGUGCCCGGCGCUGUGCCGCCAGCCGGACCUGCCGGGCUUUCCACCACGACCGGCAGGGUCAGCUGUGCCAGCUGCUACCUUGGACCCAGCACUCGCCCCAUGUCCAGCUUCAGAAAAACAUCCACUACGACCUGUACCAGAAGAAAGACUACCUGCGGGACUGCAUCGUGGCUGAUGGCACCAGCUACCGUGGCACCCGGGCCACCACGGAGAAGGGGCUGCGCUGCCAGCACUGGCAAGCAACCACACCCCACGACCACAGCAGGUUCCUGCCAUCCCCCCGCAAUGGGCUGGAGGAGAAUUACUGCCGAAACCCUGACCGGGACAAGCGGGGCCCAUGGUGUUACACUGUUGACCCAAACAUCCGUCACCAGAGUUGUGGCAUCAAGAAGUGUGAGGAUGCUGUCUGCAUGACCUGCAAUGGGGAGGAUUAUCGUGGCACUGUGGACCACACUGAGUCGGGGACAGAGUGCCAGCGCUGGGACCUGCAGCACCCACACAAGCACCCCUACCACCCCAACAAGUACCCUGACAAGGGUCUGGAUGACAACUACUGCCGCAACCCUGACAGCUCGGAGCGGCCUUGGUGCUACACCACCGACCCUGAGCGGGAGCGCGAGUUCUGCCACAUCCGCCUCUGCACAGAGAAACGCCCACGAACCCCCAAUAUCACCACCAGCUGCUUCAGGGGCAAGGGCGAAAGCUACCGGGGGCGGGUGAAUGUCACUGUGUCAGGGAUCCCCUGCCAGCGAUGGGAUGCCCAGACCCCCCACCGCCAUCACUUUGUGCCUGAGAAGUACCCAUGCAAGGACCUGCAGGAGAACUACUGCCGCAAUCCCGAUGGCUCAGAGGCACCAUGGUGCUUCACCUCUCGCCCUACCAUCCGCAUCGCCUUCUGCUUUCAAAUCCGCCGCUGCCCUGACGAGCUGGACACCCAAGAGUGCUAUCAUGGUCGCGGUCAGCACUACCAUGGCCACAUCAGCAAAACACGCAAGGGCAUCACCUGCCAGCCCUGGGCUGCCCAGGCACCACACGUACCCCAAAUCUCACCCAUCACCCAUCCUGAGGCACACCUGGAGGAGAACUACUGCCGCAACCCUGAUAAUGACAGUCAUGGCCCCUGGUGCUACACCAUGGAUCCCCGCACCCCUUUUGACUACUGUGCCAUCAAGCCCUGCUCCGGCAACACCGUGCCGUCCAUCCUGGAGAAUGCAGACACAGUGGCCUUCGAGCAGUGCGGCCGGCGGGAUGAGAGGCUGCAGCUCAAAGGGCGAAUCGUUGGCGGUCAGCCUGGCAACUCUCCCUGGACUGUCAGCAUCCGCAACCGGGCUGGCAUGCACUUCUGCGGGGGGUCCCUGGUGAAGGAGCAGUGGGUUAUCAGCACACGCCAGUGCUUCUCUUCCUGUGACGCUGACCUUGUGGGCUACGAGGUACAGCUGGGGACACUCUUCAAGGACCCUGGCCCUGGGGACCCUGACCAGCAGACCAUCCCCAUCGCACGGAUCGUUUGUGGCCCCUCCGAGUCCCAGCUGGUGAUGCUGCAGCUGGCGAGGCCAGCCACACUGAACACACGCGUGGCCCUGAUCUGCCUGCCACCCGAGCGCUACAUUGUGCCUGCUGGCACCCUCUGUGAGAUCGCUGGCUGGGGAGAAACCAGAGGCACGGGGGAUGGCAGCAUGCUGAACGUGGCGCGGCUGCCGGUGCUGGCCCAUGGCGAGUGCCACGCAGCGCUGCGUGGGCGCCUGAAGGAGAGCGAGCUGUGCACGGCCCCACUGCGUGCUGGGGUGGGGGCCUGCGAGGGGGAUUAUGGAGGGCCGCUGGCCUGCCUCACUGCAGACUGCUGGGUGCUGGAGGGGGUGAUCACCCCCUCCCGCGUAUGCGCCCGCACCGAUCAGCCCUCCCUCUUCAUCCGUGUCUCCCUCUACGCUGACUGGAUCCACAAGGUGAUGAAGAUGGGCUGAGCUGGCUCAGCCCCAGCCAGGCACAACUGUGCCAUGCAAUAAAGGCCUGGCCAUGGCUUCAGGGACUGA